AUGGUAGCAGUUAAUGAAUUGGGUGCUCGAUCUAUUAGUAUUCAAACAACAGGAAACAAAAACUCUAACUUUACAAUAGCUAAUUUUUCAGGAUGGAUGAAUGAAGAAGAAAUGCUUUAUUAG